AUGGCGAAUAAUUCCCCACGCCGACCCCCAUCGGGGAUCAAGGUCAUCGUGGUCGGAGCUGGCUUCGCGGGUCUUGCUGCGGCCAUUGAAUGCGAUCGGAAGGGCCACUCCGUCACACUGUUUGACAAGGUUGAUAACAUUGAAGAGAUCACCAGGAUCGGCGAUAUCAUCUCUUUCGACCCGAAUGGCUCCGUUGCCUUCGAGCGCUGGCCAGGUGUUGUGGAUCAAAUGGAAGCCAUUGCCCGCCAGACUAAGCACAUUGACCUCUAUCACCACCAAGGCAAGUUUGUCACGCGGCAGGACUUCUCCCACGAGAAGGCAUGGGGAAGAAGGAUCAAUGGCCACCGAGGGCAAUUGCACAACAUCAUAUAUCGACAUGCUGUGGAUCGUGGUAUCGACAUCCGCCUCGGGAAGCGGGUCGAGGACUACUUUGAGCAAGACUCGCCCCCUCAGGCCGGUGUGGUGGUGAACGGAGAGCGCAUCGCGGCGGACGUGGUGAUCGCGGCCGAGGGAGUGAGAUCGCGAGGGAGAAAGAUUGUGCUCGGUUUUGACGAAAACCCAAAGUCGUCCGGGUACGCCGUGUACAGAGCCUGGUUUCCGGCCGACCGGGUGCGCAAUAAUCCUGUCAUCAAGCAUCUGGUUGAGAAUGGCGACACGCACCAGGGCUUCAUCGGGCCGGACAUCCACUUUCUGGCCUCCACCAUCAAGAACGGGACCGAGGUCAACUGGGUCUUCACCCACAUUGACGAUGGGAAUAUCGAGGAGUCAUGGCAGUUUCCGGGAAAGCCCGAGGAGGCGCUCAAGUAUCUUGAGGGGUGGUGCGAUGUUGUGCAUGAACUGGUCAAGGCGACGCCUGAUGGAAGACUGAUAGACCAUAAGCUGGUGUACCGGGACCCCCUGCCGACGUUCAUCUCACCCAAGCGGCGGAUUGCCUUGAUUGGCGACUCUGCGCAUCCGUUCCUGCCCACGUCGAUUCAAGGAGCGAGCCAGAGUAUCGAAGAUGGCGUUGUAUUGGCGACCUGCCUAGAGCUCAGCGGUAGACAGAACAUCCCGCGAGCUCUUAAGGCGUACGAGAAACUUCGAUACGCACGAGUACAUCGGGCACAGGCCAAUGGCCCAAAGAUGAGAGAGAGGUGGCACAAGGCAGACUGGAAUGAGGUGUGGAAAAAGCCAGAGAUGAUCCACCUCAUUCGGGAAACGUGGCUGCUGAAUUUUGAUGCCGAGAAGGAUGCAUAUGACAGGUUCUCCAGUGUCCUCGAGGAGUUGGAGAGAGAUGAACAGCAAAUCAAACCAAGGCUGUAA